AUGAAAUCCUCAGCCAAAACACCAUCCAGUGGCCUGGCUUGGGCGACAACGCCGUUUGCGAUCUUUUCCUAUUUUUCCAAGACCACGAGAGGUCGAUUCUUGCUGUGCAUCAUUAUUUUCUGGCCUAUGCUGUCGCUUGUACACCACACAUCUUUGAAUGACCACAUACUCUCCUGGCCAUAUACACCAACUGAUACCCCUUACCACCCCAUUGAACAACUCAUUCAAAAGGCUAAGGCUGAUUUUGGACGCCUAGUCGCGCGGCAGUCCAAAACACUCCAGACCGCCGAGGCAGAGUACCGCAGGCGAUACUCCCGAGAACCACCUCCAGGCUUCGACAAAUGGUUCCUCUACGCACAGUCUAAGCAGUCCAUUUUUAUCGAUGAGUUCGACAUGAUCAACGAAGAUCUGAAGCCGUUCUGGAAGGUCACUCCACAGCGCUUACUCGAGAGCGUCAACCAUGUGACGAGUGUUGAAGAACUUGCUCUGCGCAAGUGCGGCUUUACCAACGGGCAAUACCACGGUCAAGGUGGGGGUUGGAUUGUUGAAGAUCUUGGAAAACUUCUUGCAGAAGUAUCAUCCGAUCUCCCUGACGUGGAGUUCGCUUUUGAUGUCGUGGACGAGCCCAGGGUUGUUAUCACGCAAAAAAAGCUCGAUGCGGGCGGUAUAUCAAAACCAGGGUUUCAAGACGCACAACACAAGUCCAUAUGGGAUCGUAUCACGAGCUCCUGUUCACCCGGCUCUACCAUCAAUUACAAGCCUGCUGUUCACGACUACGGUCUUCCGUUCGUACAAGAUUGGUACCACGCAAAGGAUGUUUGCGUGCACCCUGAGUUUGCACUCGAACAUGGUUUCUUCUCUUCGCCCAUGACCUGCCUACUUACAGAUGCUCCUAUACCCGUCCUUUCCCAGGCAGCACCCACAUCGUUCGGCGACAUCAUGUACCCGAGCCCGUGGUACACCGCUAAAAUGAACCAAGGGGUCUAUAAGGACGAGGAAGACCCCUCUUGGGAACAGAAGGCCAACACGCUAUACUGGGCCGGUAGCACAACAGGUAGCUACAGCUGGAACAGUAGUUGGGAACAUUCACACCGCCAACGCUUCGUCAAGCUAGUGCAAACGCUCAACCAAACCAACCACCUGUACCUCAAACAACUCCACCGCGGAAGAUGGGCAAGCUACAAAGCCAUCGAAGACCAUAGCGAAUUAUUCGACGUCAAACUCACCGCUAUAAUACAAUGCGACAGCGCCGACUGCGAAGAGCAAAACCAAUUCUUCACUCUCGGCGAGAAAGAAGACCGAAGCCAACAAUUCCACUCCAAAUUCGUCUUCGACACCGACGGCAACUCGUUCAGCGGCCGCUUCUACACGCUCCUGCAAUCACGCAGCGUUGUGCUCAAGCAAACUGUCUUGCGCGAGUGGCAUGAUGAGCGGCUUAUACCAUGGGUGCAUUACAUUCCUGUGAGCUUGUCCAUGGAGGAGUUACCGGAGAUUAUGCGGUAUUUGACGAGGCAUGAAGAUGGGAUGCGGAGGGCGAAGGAAAUUGCAGACGCGAGUCGAGAGUGGCAUGGGCGGGUGUUGAGGAGAGAGGAUUUCACGAUAUAUUUGUAUCGGCUUAUGCUUGAGUUGGCUAGAGUGAUGGAUCCGGGAAGGGAGGUGGAGGGGUAG